AUGCACUUUUCGUUUGGCCUUCUGCUGGCCGCCUCUUCGGUUCUGGCUGCCCCCGUCAACACCACCAGUGCCAAUGUCACCUCUGUGGCUCCUCUCGCUAACACCUCUGCUACUGCUGCUUCUCGAGGCCCCGUCUUUCUGCCUGUCCCCGGCCCCGUCAACGUGACCAAGGGCACCGAGUACAACGAGACUGCUCUCGAGUACAACAACAAGACUAAUGUUCUGACCUCGCACAAGUUCGACAAAAACUACCAGUCGGAAGCUUACGUUGCCAACGGCUUCAUCGGCAUCCGUCUGCCCGUCCAGGGCCAGGGCUUCUCUCAGAGCGGCAACGCCACCAACUACACCUCUCUGAUUGAGGACCGACGGUUCACUGGCGCCUACGUGUCUGGCUUCACCGCCCACUCUGCUGGCAACGGCUCUCUUGCUACCGAGGGAUUCCUGGCCUCCAUUCCCAACUGGUCCGAGCUGUCUGUUUCUGUCGGAAACCAGAGCUACAACGGCUCCACCUCCGAGAAGCACAUCUCCAACUACUCCCAGUCCCUGUCUCUGCAGAACGGUGUGGUCUCCACCAACGUCACCUGGUCCCCCACCAACGAUACCCAGCUGCAGCUUAACUACACCGUCCUGGCUCAUCGAGCCCGACCUAACGUCGGUAUUGUUCGACUUGAUAUCACUUCCCAGAACGCUACCACUGUCAACAUCACCGACCUGCUCAACUCCAAGGGAUCUGUCGGUACCUCCUACCUCGCCUCCGGCUCCGACACCGGCUCCAUCUGGACCGCCGUGUCUGCCCUCGGCUCCAACAACACUGUGUUUGAGUACUCCACCCUCGGAUUCUCCAACUACUCCUCCGUCAACAUUUCCACCGAGGCCAACUCCACCCAGUCUAUCUCUCAGUCUGUGCCCGUCGAGCUGUCCCCCAACACCACCUUCACCGUGAUCAAGUACGUUGGUAUUGCCUCCUCCGAUGCUUCUCCCGCCACCUUUGCCACUGCCCGAAAGGCUGCUCUGGUUGCCCGAGCUCUCGGCUUCGAUACCCUCCUUUACGAGCACUCCAACGCCUGGAACAACAUCUGGAACGACGGUGACAUUGUUGUGCCUGGAGACGAGGAGCUGCAGAUUGCUGUCAAGGCUUCUCUGUUCCACCUCCUGUCUUCCGUGCGAUCUGGUGACGAGCCCAAGGGAUACAACGCCAACGGCAUUGCUGUCGGAGGUCUGUCUUCUUCCAACCUCCAGGGUCUCCCCGCUGCCAUUGACUCUACUGUCUCCCCCGCUCUCCUAGCCCUCUACCCUCAGUUCGCCAAGAACGUUGUCAACUACCGAGUCGGUCUCGCCAACAAGGUCUCUUCCAAGUCCAAGCGAUCUCUCGUUGAGCCCUACCACACCUCCAUUGACUCUGCUCUGAAUGCCUGGAACUACUUUGUGUCCACCAACAACACCGAGUGGCUCAACUCCACCGGCUACGACUUCAUUGCUGCUGCUGCCAACCACUAUGCCCAGCAGUUCUCUCUGAACUCUUCUGUCGGUGCCUACUCCUCCAACGUUACCUACAAGGGCGUGACAGUGCUUGACUCUGCUUACGUUAACGCUGGAGCCGUGACCCUGUUCAAGGCUGCCUCUGCUGCUUCCGAUAUUGUCGGUGAGGACCCCAACCCUACCUGGUCCGAUAUCUCCGAGAAUGUCUACAUUCCUCAGUCUUCCAAGAACAUCACUCUGCCCUCUUCCAACCUUGGCAACCUCACCCUCGGUGUCAACGCCCUGACUUACCCUCUGGUCUACGACGCCGAGUCUGCUGCCCACUCUCGAGCUCUGGCUAACUUCCACCACUACUCCAAGCAGGUUGAGAAGAAGAAGCUGUCUCCUGUGGACGCCUCUCUGCUUGCCAUUGACUCUGCUGCCCUAUCCGAGUCUGGUUCUGGAUCCUACACCUACCUUCUGCAGGCCUCUCAGCCCUUCCUCCGAAAGCCUUACUACCAGUUCUCCGCACAGGAGAAGCCCCAGGGUGCCUUCCCUUACCUCCCCGGUGCUGGCGCUUUCCUGCAGAUCUUCACCCACGGUUUCACUGGUUUCCGACCUACUCAGGACACCCUGUUCAUCGACCCUGCUCUUCCUCCUCAGCUUCCCGAGGGUUACGCUGUUAAGGGCUUCAAGUACCAGGGCGAGGUCUACGACAUCAACGUGACCGGCACCUACACUUACAUCACCCGACGAGGAAUUGAGACUCUGUCUACUGGCAACGCCACUUUUGGCAACGGUACCUUCUUCGCCAACGGCACCAAGUUCAACGCCACCAACACCACUCUGUACGACGCUACUGCCUUUGCCAACUUCACCGGCCUUAACGUCUCUACUCUGCCUGCUUUCAACUGGACUGCUCUUGGUGCCAACCUGACCGUGUCCAACUUCACUGUCAACAACACCUCUUUCGGCUACUUCAACUUCUCGUCUCUGCAGAACGUCACCUUUGGCGAUCUCAACGUGACUGUUUGGGGCGGUCUUAACGUGUCUAACGUGACUCUCGGCAACGCCCACACUCUCAACGUGACCAACCUGGGCUUCGCCAACGCCACCUCUUUCAACGGCACUUUCUUCAACGCCACUUCUUUCGGUUCCAGCAACGAGACCUCUCUGCCCGUUUUCUGGGAGCUGCCUUCCGGCCUCUACAACGCUUCCAACGAGACUCUGGUCUCUGCUCAGGACAGCACCGAUUCUACCCCUGUCUUCAUCCAGAUCGGUGGCCGAAACUCUGCUGCUGGCAACUACUCCAUCAAGGUUAACCAGACCCUCAUCAUCCCCACUUACCGAGGCGACAUCUACUUCAAGAACAUUCCCGGUAACGUGGCUGAGAACGCUCCUGUUUCUUCCAAGGAGGAGUGGCACCCUGCUCGAUUCCCCGUCUCCAUCAACGACGGUGACAACGCCACCUACUGGCAGCCCAUCAACGCUUCUCGAUCCGAAGUCGUGAUUGAUCUUGGCCGAGAGCGACCUAUUUCUGAGGCCACCAUUGUCUGGGGACCCUUCACCCCCAAGAACUACUCCAUUGGAGUUCUUCCCGUGGCCAACGGAACCCUCAACUGGGCCAACACCACCUACUCCAACUUCUCUGUUGAGUCUCGAGUGCUUGCCCAGAACUCUACCAUCGGUGGUGAUGUCUCCAAGGUCCAGCUGCACAACGCCACUGCUCGAUACGUGACUCUCGCCAUUGAGGGUCUCUCUGGCAAGCACGGCAAGCACCCCGGUGCCGUUGCCGAGCUGGCCUUCAACUAA